ACACUAGUGCCUGGUACUUCAACCGUGCAUGACCCAUGUGGUAUUGUUGAAAAAAAAAAUAAUAAAAAAAAUUUGCUGAUUAGAAUUUUUUUCAAAAAAAUCGCUGAAUGGUGAAUGAUUAUUGAAUAGCGAAUGCGUGCAUAUUUAGGUCUAGUUUUAGACUACGUAGUGCCUCAAGAGCUUGUAUAAAACUGAUGAAAGACGUUCGUUCUCAAAAACAUUCAUCUGGUAAUGUAAUUCAUUCUUAUCAAGAAAGUUUCAUUUAAGUAUCAAUUCAUUGUUGAGUGAAAAUGUUGGAACCGGUGUUGUAUUCCAUUCUAAAUAAAAAGAAAAUCGUACUCGCCAGUAGCUCUCCACGGAGAAAAGAAGUAUUGAAGACUGUGGGGCUACAGUUUGAUGUGAUACCAUCGCAAUUUGAUGAAAGCAGUGUGCCGGAGUCAAAAUAUGCAGAUAAAAGGGACUACGUUUUAGAUCUGGCCGAGUAUAAAGUGAUGGAUGUUUUCGAUUCUUUGAAAAAUGCGAACAAUAUUCCAGAUCUCAUCAUUGGAGCAGACACGAUUGUUGAAUUGAACAACAAAAUAUUCGGGAAACCGGCUGAUAAGGAUCAAGCUGUGGAAUAUUUGAAAACGCUUAGUGGACAAACUCAUACAGUUCAUACGGCGGUUGUAAUUAAAACGUUGAAUAAGGCGAAGAAAUUCGUUGAAAGCACCAGAGUUACGAUGGCUCCUUUGAAUGUUGAUACUAUCAAAGCCUAUGUUGAAACCGGCGAUCCUUUAGAUAAAGCUGGAGCGUAUGGCAUUCAAUGUUUAGGAGGAAGUUUGAUCGAAAAAAUUGAAGGCGACUUCUACAAUGUCACCGGUCUCCCAUUACACAAAUUCUGCCUUAAUUUGUUGAGUUUAUUGGAAGAACUGUGAGUUAAAUUUGCUUAAAUGAAGAACAGACCUUUUAAAAAUAAUUAUAAGUAUUAUAAAACAAAAUUGAAAUAUUUUAUUACGCUUUUUUUCUUUAAUAUUUGGACUAUUUCUAGUCUGUUUCUUUUUUCGUUUCUGUUUUUCGUUAAGUUUGAUUUUUUUACUAUAUUAUGUUAAGAAUUAUUAUGUUGGAUGAAAAUUGUUUUCGUUAGUACUUUCUUCGUUAAGUUCAAAUUAUUAUUUUUUUAUUCUUUUACUAUUCAUUGUUUCGAACGUAUUAAAAGUAUUAAAUUGAUAAAAUAUAUGAUAUGAGUUAAUACAAACGUUCGUUUACUUUUUUUGAAUUUUCAUGCUCGCGUAUACUUUUAGUUUACAGAAAAAAUCAACGUACAUAGAUUCAACCAUUUUACACUGAAAUUUUUUCCGAACGUUAUAUACUAAUAGGAAACUCAAAAUUCAUCUUCCUUUGGCUUAUCUGUAAAAUUGAAAAAAGCAAAACAGUUUUAAAAUUUCAACUAAACGAAAAUCGUAGUUAUUUUUUUACUCAAAAAGAUAAUAAAUUGGUUAGGUGUUUCAAAAAACGUCACAUUAUUUAUCGUAUUUAUCGUUAAACUACACUACUUUUUUGUUUUAUUUGCGUAUUUUUUUUUUUCGAUAAUACAUUUUGUCACGUAAGUUUUAGAAGCUUCGUCUCCAAUAGGUUUGAUUAUUUUCUUGAAAUUUUGUCAUUUUUCAAGUCAAAUUUGUCUAACAAUAUGAACGUAAAGCUAAUUUAUGGCGUUUCAUUCGCCUUGUUUUUAACGUUUAUAUGCGCGAAUGCUUCGUCUCAAAACAGAGUCACUUUAACGUUUCCUACUGUAGGAGGGAAUUCCACAAAUUGUAAUUUAACGACGUUGUCAAAUAAUAUCACUAAUUUAACCAGCGUUACAAUCGGCAAUAAUAACUGGGUUUGCAUUAAUGUGAUUGAUCAUACUUAUCAUACAUGUUCUUGUACGGAAAUCGAUGUUACUCAAUUGAUUUUUCAACUUAUGGUGAGGACAAUUGAGCAAGGUGCUGGGAGUCUUAUGUCAACAGUCGGGACAUUCCUCUUGAAUCUUUUCAGAUGAAUCACUCUUAUCGAGACCUUAAGGUCUCGGCUUGAGCACUUUAUGGAGAUCCUGUUACAAAAGUAUUUUUAAAAAUUUCAAGUAAUAUAUUUUCUUAUUUUUAUUGGCUUAUUCAAUAGAAGUAAACUUAAGAUUGAAUUUAAACUGAAAUAAAAAUUUAAAAUAUCGUGA